AUGAGUCUAGUCGAUGAAACAAGUUUUGUUUCUCAAUUUUUAGAAACUUUAAGUACACGUCAAGUAAAAUAUCCUAAAGACUUUUCGCCACCUACACAAACACGCCCAAGACCAAUAGCACCUAGUGCCCCUACAAGCUCAAAAAGUAGUAAAUCAACAGAAAAAGGUAACGAAAUUAUAAAUGAUUCAUCAGCUCAAGACACACCAAUUCAAGUCUCUGUUAAAUCAUUAAAGGGAAACCUAACGCAUACCGUACAGAUAAACAAUUCAGAAACUAUCUAUAACUUGAAAGAAAAACUGCAAAAAAUAACCUCCUUUACACCUUCAAAUCAAAGAUUAAUAUUAAAAGGCAAAGCUUUAAUUGAUACUAAAACUUUAUUUGAACAUGGUAUUACGAAUGGUACUGUAGUUCAUUUGGUUCAUAAACCCGGAAUUACUAGUAGUGGAGGAGGAGAUGGUGGUGGAAUAUCAAAAAAUGUUGAUUCACAGCAGCAAAAGCAACGAGAAUUAGCAGUAAAAGAUACCCAACUUUCUAAUUCAGGCAUUGAUAAAAUUAAAGAUUCACAGUUCUGGGUUUCUUUACGAAAAUUACUAGUUGAGCAAUUUCCAGAAACAAAUGAUGCCGAUAAUGUUUUAAAAGAUUUUUUUAAUUGUUAUAAUAAUAAGGAUUUAAACAUUAAUGUUAAUUUAGAAGAUUUAAUUAACAAAAAUUCUUAA